AUGACAAUUUUCAUAGAUUUAGCAUCAUUAGAAGAUUUAUACAAUGAUUUAAUCUCACAUAUUGAAACUUUAAGAAAAAAGAAAGGUUCAGAAUACUCUGUUGCUGAUUAUCAAAUUUUAAUUGGUGAACAACGUACUGUUGAAUUCUUAUCAAAAAUCGUUUCAAAUGAAACUGAAUUCUUAUUCAAAGAGUGUAAAGAUUCAGAUAAAGAUAUUGAAGGAUUUUUUAAUGUUAUUUUAACUAUUUUACAUAAAUUAGAAAAUGAAGAUGAAAUCAAUAUUGUCUCACAAAAGAUUAGAGAUUCAUUAUCUGCCCACCCAACUGAAAACUCACAAUUAAAAAUUAAAAUUUUAACCAACCUUUUCAAUUCAUUCCAACCAAAAUCAACACAAAGAUAUGAUAUCUUUUUCGCUCUUGUUAAAUUAGCAUCAGAUUCCAAUAAUCUUGAAUUUGUUAAAUAUCAAAUCACAGAUAUUGAUAGUUGGUUAGAAGAUUGGAAUGUAUCAAUUCAACAAAAAAGAAAAUUAUAUAAACUUAUUUCAAAUAUUUUCAAAGAAAAACAAAGAAUGUUAUCACAUCAAUUUUUAGUUAAAUAUUUACAAACAUUUACAAAAGAAGAUUCACAAGAAGCACAAGAAGAUGCAGUUAGAGUUUGUAUUGAAUCAAUUUCAUUACAAGAACUUUAUCAAUCAGAUUACUUGUUAGAUUUACCAGCUGUUCAAUAUUUAGAAGGAUCAACAGUUUCAGCAAAUAGUUUAACCUAUGAAUUAAUGAAAAUUUUCGCUACUGAACAAUUAGAUUCCUUCUUACAAUUCCAACAAAAGAAUCCAAACUUCCUCUCAACCAUUGGUCUCUCAAAUGAUGAUUGUCUUCAAAAGAUUCGUCUUUUAUCUUUGGCCACUUUAACCUCUGAACAAAGUAAAGUUCCAUACAGUUUAAUCUCAAAAAUGCUUCAAAUCGAUGAAAAUGAAGUUGAAAUGUGGGUUAUCAAUGCAAUGGAAGGUGAUUUAUUAGAUGCCAAAUUAGAUCAAUUAAAUCGUAUCGUUAAUGUUAACUCAUCAACUCAAAGAGUUUUCAAUAAAUCUCAAUGGUCUCAAUUAGGUCAACGUUUCUCUGUUUGGAAAUCAAGUGUUAAAAAUUUACUCCAAGUUAUCGAAAAUGCUAAAACUACUCAAGUUAAACCAUUCUAUUUCCAAACUCGUUAA